GACCAGGACCAGGAACCAGGACCAGAACCAGGAUCAUGCUGGGAACCAGGACUAAACCGGGCCAGGUGGAGAAAAGAGGAGGAUCCAGUUCUGAGGAAACCAAGACCAUCGACCCCCUCAGGAACCUGGGAGUCCAGGAGGACGAGGACGUCCAGCGGAUGAUGCAGGGAUCCAGUAUGAUGAAGGUCCGGUCUCCGCGCUGGCAGAAGCAGCGGUUCCUGAAGCUUCUGGACGACGGAGUGACGGUCUGGUGUCAGUCCAACAAAACCUCCAGCCGGGCCAAGGAGCAGCAGAGCUUCUCGGUCACCGAGGUCCAGUGCGUGCGCGAGGGCUGCCAGUCGGAGACGUUCCGGAAGAUGUCGGGUUCGGUUCCGGAGAACCGCUGCCUCACCGUGGUCUUCAAGGGGGCCCGGAAGUCCCUGGACCUGGUCCUGCAGAACCAGGACGAGGCCCAGACCUGGACCCGCGGGAUCCGGACCCUGCAGGACCGGGUCAGCAACAUGACGCAGACGGAGAAGCUGGACCACUGGAUCCAGGCCUACCUGAGCCGGGCCGACCAGAACCACGACGACAAGAUGAGCUACGAGGAAGUUCAGACGCUGCUGCAGAUGAUCAACGUGGACGUGAGCGAUCAAUACGCCCGCAGCCUCUUCCAGAAGUGCGACCGCUCCUGCGACGGCCGCCUGGACCACGAGGAGAUCGAGGUUUUCUGCCGGGAGUUGCUACGGCGACCGGAGCUGGAUAGCAUCUUCCUGCGCUACUCGGCUAACGGCUGCGUCCUGUCCACGCUGGACCUGCGGGACUUCCUGUUGGACCAGGACGAGGACGCGUCGGGGACGCACGCCGAGAGCCUGGUGCUAAGCUACGAGCUAAACCCCUGGGCCCAGCAGAACCGGCUCAUGACGCCCAACGGCUUCACCAUGUACAUGCUGUCCAAGGAGAACCUGGUCCUGGACCCGGACCAGAACCGGGUCCACCAGGACAUGAGCCGCCCGCUAGCCGACUAUUACGUCUCCUCGUCCCACAACACGUACCUGAGCGGAGACCAGCUAACGGGGGCUAGCAGCACCGAGCCGUACAUACGGGCUCUGAGCCGCGGCUGCCGCUGCGUGGAGCUGGACUGCUGGGACGGAGACGCAGGAGAACCGGUGAUUUACCACGGACACACGCUGACGUCCAAGGUUCCCCUGAAGGACGUCCUGGAGACGAUAGACACGUACGCCUUCAAGGCCUCUCCCUACCCCCUGAUCCUGUCCCUGGAGAACCACUGCUCGCUGCAGCAGCAGGAGGUUCUGGCCCGACACCUGAGGUCCGUCCUGGGGGAGAAACUGCUGCUGGAACCGCUGGAGGAGCAGGACUCUCGCUGGCUGCCCUCUCCUCAGGACCUGAAGGGGAAGAUCCUGAUCAAGGGGAAGAAGAAGACGGAGGAGUUUCAUCCGUCCAGCUCUGAGGACCUGAGUUCUGAUGAUGAGGAGGGACGGGAGAGGAGACCCCCCAAGGAGGGCCCCCCCGGUCUGAGUCCGGCCCUGUCAGACCUGGUCUUCUACACCCGCUCCGUCGCCUUCAAGAGUUUCCAGGAAGCAGCUCGGAGACCGGCGGCCGACAUGUGCUCCUUUUCUGAGAGCCGAGCUCUACGAUUGGUCCGGGACCAAGGGCUGAACUUUGUUCGCCACAACAGCAGCCACCUGAGCCGGAUCUACCCGUCGGGCCAGCGGCUGCAGUCGUCCAACUACAACCCUGUGGACAUGUGGAACGCCGGCUGCCAGAUCGUGGCCCUGAACUUCCAGACCCCCGGGGAGCAGAUGGACCUGAACCAGGGCCGGUUCCUGCAGAACGGCGGGUGCGGCUACGUGCUAAAGCCCCCCUUCAUGCGGGGGCCCGAGACCCGCUUCAACCCCGAGAACGUGGGGGGGGGGCCGGGCCACGCCCCGGUGCUGCUCACAGUCCGAGUGAUCUCGGCCCAGCAGCUGCCCCGCCCCCCCUGGGACAAGCCCAGCUCCAUCGUGGAUCCCCAGGUCUGGGUGGAGAUUCACGGCGUUGCCAUGGACAACGCUAGGAAGAAGACGCCCUACGUGGACAACAACGGUUUCAACCCCCGCUGGGACUGCAGCUUCACCUUCACCGUCCAGUCCCCGGCGCUGGCGCUGGUCCGGUUCGUGGUGGAGGAUCACGACUUCACCUCCAGAGACGACUUCCUGGGACAGUUCACGCUGCCGCUGGGCUGCCUGCGCUCAGGUUACCGUCACGUGCGUCUCCUGAACCAGGACGGGUCCAGUUUGUCUCCGUCCUCCCUGUUCGUCCACCUGAAGGUGACGCCGGCCCAGACCGGCCCGUCCAGGUCCCCGGGUCCAGGACCAGCUCGGUCCCCCGGUCCAGGACCAGCCAGAACCACAGAGACCCGGUCCCCCGGUCCGGGUCCAGCUCGGUCCCCCGGUCCGGGUCCAGCCAAGUCCCCAGUCAAGUUUCCAGCCAAGUCCCUCAACAAGAAACCCUGA